UGGCUGUCAGUCUGAUGGCCAAAAAUGUACCUCAUAUUAGGACGACACAGUUUGACCAGAUGUUUUGAUAAAGCUAGGAACAUACAUAAAUGUUGAGUCAAAUUUUACCAUGGUUUAGUAGCAAAUGAGGCCCGAUMGACUAUUAAUACGGAUCUCAUAUAUGCCUGAAUACUUCUACAUCUGAGGGUUCAUGAGCAAAGAAGGAACAGAAACAGGAAUCUAAUUAYAUAUUGAUUUUGGCCGUAAAAUUACGUGUACGUGGAAAAAAAGAACCCCGUCAAAAGGUCUUGUAUCGUCGUGCCAUGGACAAUACAAACAACACGACUGCUGAAGCAAUGUGUACCGAUCCUCCCAUCAACGCGACCGCUGAAUGGGUUAAGGCAGUAACAUACAUMAUCCUUGCCAUCACAGCCUUGAUCGGCAAUAUCAUUGUGAUCCGAGUCUUCACGACAAGCCAACGAAUGAGAACCGAAGUGAAUCUUUUGAUCGUAAACGUCGCGGUCGCGGAUUUACUGAUCGCAGUGAUAAACAUGCCGAUGAUGGUGAGGUACUUUGUGCGGGCCGCCAAUCACCUUCCUACAAUCUGGUUUGGUGGAAUUUUUGGAGAAUUKCUUUGCAAAAUUGUGAGCUUUGUAAGUGGUGUUUCCCAGAACUGUUGCAUACUAUCCAUGACAGCUAUUGCAUUUAACAGAUACUUUGCUAUCAUGUUUCCGCUGAAAAGCCCUCUAAAUGCUACCAAGACCAAGGUUCUUAUUGCCUUUAUAUGGCUGUGYUCGUGUGCAAUAUGUUCUCCUGUGCUCUAUGCAAUGCGGAUACUUGAAGUGGAAGGCCAGUACCACUGCAUCGAAAAAUGGCAAUGGGACGAGCCGUUAGACAGCAAGAACAAUGUAGACGCCCCUAAGUAUUACACCCUUGCUCUUUUCAUUUUAAUGUACGUAAUUCCCCUUGUUCUUAUCACUUAUCUCUACUCGUGUGUUAUUCACAAAGUAUGGAUACGACACGUACCAGGAAAUGUCACAGUGGCCAAUCAGAGACUCGAGGACGUUGCUAAGAGACGCGUGCUUAAGAUGUUGAUUACAGUGGUGGUAGCCUUUGCACUUUGUUGGCUUCCAUUCCACAUCUACCUCAUGAUGGUCAACUUCAAGUACGGUAUUCAUAGCUGUGARAUAUCACCAUUGAUGCUAUUUCUUGGGCUUCUGUUGGGACAUUCAAACAGUGCUAUCAAUCCCUGGAUCUAUUUUGUGUUUAAUAAAGAUUAUCGUCGUAAUAUCAAAGACUUAUGUUCGUCCCCGUGUAAUAGUCAAACAUACAAGACCGUCAGACUCUACUCACAUACAACGCGAUGCAGCACCAUCAAGUCUACGAAUGGACAGACUAGUGGAGGAAAGGAUAUUGAGCUCCAAGAACUCAAAAACAACAUCGAUUCAAGCUCUUAAAAACAACUUCUUACAUAUAGGUGGCUUUUGUGAUUGACAGAUCAAGCAUCCAAUCAGCAUUCGUCUAUCUGCGCCAUCUUGAAAAGUAACCAAGCCUUGGUAUGAAACCGAGGAUGGAAAUAGAUAGAAUACAUUCAAAGUCAACGAGAAAAAAA